AUGACCGCAAAGAGCGUGCAAUUGGCGAGUUUUGCGAGUAUUGCGAGUGCUCUCGUGAUAGUGGCAUCGUUGGUCGCUGUCGGUGGGAUAUUCCGUGAUAUCUCGUCUCUAUACGACGACAUCAUGGUGGAUAUGGCCGAAUUUAAAGUGAUCGCCAAUGAUGCAUGGAAAGACAUCACGAUCACCAAUCAACAAAACACAUUUGGAAACAUCAAUUUCGAUGAGUCAAUUUUUGCUGCUCGUCAAAAACGCUACAGCAACAAACAGUACUUGUGUAGAUGUGCAGAAAGGGCACGCAAUUGUCCAGACGGUCCAACCGGUCCUCCGGGAGCUGCAGGACAACCGGGACAAGCUGGCGCCAACGGUUUGCCAGGACAACCGGGUAAACCGGGUCGCAUUGAAGGAGGAACAACACCUGGCGGCGAUUGCAUUCAGUGUCCACGAGGUCCACCAGGCGCCAGAGGUGAAACUGGACCAGUAGGACCAAGAGGACUCACCGGACAGCCAGGAGAACCGGGCGUUGAUGGCCGACGUGGAGCUCAAGGACCACCGGGACCACCAGGAAAUCCUGGUGCAACUGGUAGGCGAUUCGCUUUUAGUUUCAUAAGAUGA